AUGGGCAGUAGGGGUGUGGAAGGGCUGCAGUUUCUGCUCGGGGACAGGAUCUGUCGCUUGCUGUCGUGUUAUGACGACCCCAACAAAGGAAACAAGGCCUUGAAGGUGAAGCGGGAGCCAGGCGAGAAUGGGACCAGCUUGACAGAUGAGGAGCUGGUGACCAUGUCUGUGCGGGAGCUGAACCAGCAUCUACGGGGCCUGUCAAAGGAGGAGAUCAUCCAGCUGAAGCAGCGUCGCCGCACGCUGAAGAACCGAGGCUACGCAGCCAGCUGUAGGGUCAAGCGUGUUACCCAGAAGGAGGAACUGGAGAAGCAGAAGGCAGAGCUGCAGCAGGAGGUGGAGAAGCUGGCCUCUGAGAAUGCCAGCAUGAAAAUGGAACUCGAUGCUCUCCGCUCCAAAUACGAGGCACUCCAGAACUUCGCCAGAACCGUGGCCCGGAGCCCUGUCACCCCUGUGCGGGGGCCUCUCACCUCCAGCAUGGGGCCCCUCGUCCCUGGCAAGGUUGCUACUACUAGUGUCAUCACAAUAGUGAAAUCCAAAACGGACGCCCGGUCUUAGUGAAGCGAGUGUUGCCUGAGCUUGUCUGUGCAGGGCAAUUAGGCACAAAACCAGCCUGGAAUCCCCAAAGCACAAACCCUCCCCACACGGGUCCGGUUUCCUUCUUCUUGGCCCAGGACUGGCCUGCUGAUCGCUCUGGUUUUAUUUUGUAUGAGCAGUGGUGAUGCAUCCCUUGUCCUGUGCAGACAGAACCUUCCACCCAGCAGUCUGUAGCCCUCAGCUGCCCUUGGGACAGACUGUGAGAUCUUGGUGUUCUAGCCAAAGGAAGUCUGCGCAGCGUGGCCGACGGUGCGGCAAGUGGGCUUGGUGGCUUGGGGAGGCCUGGAGGGAGACUUUCUUCCUGGAGGUUGGGAACCCCAGUUUUCAGUCACUUCCAAAGGCUUUAUUUCAUUACUCUUCCAGGUGGUGUAUCACGGUGCCUGACUGCAGGUGCCUGAGCCUGCUGCUUUUGUCUCAUCUGGUACCAGUAGUCGCAGUUGGGGUGUUCUGUGUAAUAGAUUUGGUAUUUGUUUCUAGGUGUGCCUCUGUGCCCGAGCAGUGGGUUUCCUUCAAACUUCUGUUGCGUUAGCAAUGCGGACUAGUGGUGGUGGAAGGGAGGAUGCUGCCAUGCCCUGCUGCCUCUGCUCCGGCAAAGGGGAGGGAG